GAUGGAAUCUCAUGUAGCCCACGCUGGCCUGGAACUAGCUUUGAAGCCAUGGAUGACUUUAACCUUCUGCUCCUCUGCCUUGCCUCCUGGGUACCACUAGGCCUCGUUCUGUGUAGUGCUGCUGGGAUGAAACCCAGGGCCUCAGACUCGCUGGGAAAGCUCGGUACCGACUGACUCCCAGCCCCAGAGUUUACCGUGUCUUUGGGGGGCUGAGCUAAGUGGAUCAGGGGACUGAGAAAAGGCGUGUUGCUGAGCUGUAGUCAGCUUCACUAGGUGCAGAUGGGCUGGGAGCCAGAAAUACCUUGGAACUCUUGCUUAUCCAGCGGUCUGGCGGAGACUCCUAAAGCCCAUUUUCACUGUCCUAGCAGUAAUGAUUCAGGGAUGAACAAACAGAAAUGCAUUUCCAUUGUCAAAAUGUGGGUCUGCCUUUGUUUGUUUGUUUGAGAUAGGGACUUACUACCUAACCCCGGCUGGUCUGUACCUCACCAUGUAGACCAGGCUGGCCUUAGGAUCAGAGAUCUACCUGCCUCUGCCGUGAGAGUUCCGGGUUUGAGGUGUGUGCCCCCCACUCCAGCCCCCAGCCUGUAGGUUUGUUUUGACUUCUCUUCCUAUUCCUGCAGCACCAUGAGUCUUGUCACAGUCCUUGUCUUCUGCUCUUUGUUCCUGGGAGUCAGUGGUGAUGGCUGGUAUUCAUUCUUCAGGGAAGCUGUACAAGGGAACAACUUUCCUUCCUUUGCAGGGACUUGGGACUUGUGGAGAGCCUAUCGGGACAAGCUAGAAGCCAAUUACCAAGAUUCAGACAGAUACUUCUAUGCUCGUGGGAACUUCAAGGCCCAACAGAGAGGAGCUGGGGGCAUCUGGGCUGCUAAGAUAAUCAGCACCAGCAGGAAAUACUUCCAGGCCCUCCUAAACCGGUACUAUUUUGGAAUCAGGAACUAUGGAUUGGAAAGCCUGCAGUCUACCCAGAAAGCGGAGGAAUGGGGCCGCAGUGGCAAAAACCCGAAUCACUUCAGACCCGAGGGUCUUCCUGAGAAGUUCUGAGCCUGUCACUGAGGUUGCACUCAGGGACUAGGCUGGGAACCACAUCCUUCUCCCCUCGAUGGGGUGUCCCUGGGCUUGGUGUCCACGGUAAGCCCAGAGAAGCUAGAGAUGCCCAACAAAUACUUUGAAGAUUGAAUUUAUUGAUGGAAACAGGGAACCCUGAGAAAUACUUUCUGGGAAGAAUAACUAUGGUUCACACAGAAGAUAAGCAGAGAAAGCUGUGACCCCCCAGGCUGAACCCAUGUGGGCCCCCACACAACCCCACCAGAGCUGCUCUAGCCUUCAGCCACACCAGCUUCUCCUGCCAAGCCGGCCCUAGCUGGCAAAGCAUUAUGCACCAGGCUGGGCUUCUCAGCAAAGUGGGCCUUGCUCCAAGAUGAGCCCUGGGCAGCUGCCCAUCAAUUUCCUCCUUGGCGCUGGUCAGAUGUCUCCUCCCUACCCUAAUACCUUCUGAUCAUAACCAGGCCUCUCUGCUUAUUAUAUUGCUGUUCACAGGCUUUUCUGUAUACUGAUAAAACUCUGUCUUAUCAACCAUGACAUAUCCUCUAUCUGACUUCUUGUCCCUUUACCCCUUUUCAAAGAGAACACCAUUUUGUGAAGGCCUCAUCCUAACCUUAGGAAUCCUAACCUGGAAACUGCACGAGGACCAGGGACAGAGCUCUUUUGGAGGGUGCUUUCUUAGCAUGCAUAAAUCGCUAGGUGGAUCCCAGAACUCUAAAACCCGGUAACAGUACACACUUACAAUCCCAGCACUGGAGGGGUAGAAGUUCAAGGCCAGCCCUGGUUAUGUAGCAAGACUGAGGCCAGCCUGGGAUACAUGACACUCUAUGUCUCAAAAAAGUACACGCACAUACUGGCGCCUAUCUUAGCUCAAGCUCUAACUAGUCUUAGCCUAUUUUACCUAAGAAAUGCCUAUCAUGUCAUUAUUUCUUAGUUUUAUUCUCCUUGUCUUUGAUCUAAAUAAAAGUCCACUUCCUGUUCUAGAAGGGAAUCGAGA